AUGCCGGGCCAGGCCGCCCAGCCGUUGUUGGGGGGAGACGACGAGGGGUCCCAGGGGGCUUGGGGGGCCACGGUCACCAUGCUCCGCUCCCUGCUGCUUCACGCCCUGAGGCUCUGCGCCCAGACGGCCUCGUGCCUCACGCUCUUCCCGCGCUUCCUCUGCACGGCCUUCAUGCUCUGGUUGCUCGACUUCCUGUGCAUCCGCAAGCAUUUUCUGGGCCGCAGGCGCCGGGGUCAGCCCGAAACUGAAGUCGAGCUCAACAGCGACGGGGAGGAGGUGCCCCCCGACGACCCGCCCAUCUGCGUGUCCGACGACAACCGCCUGUGCACCCUGGCGUCGCUGAAGGCGGUGUGGCACGGCCAGAAGUUAGAUUUCUUCAAACAAGCCUACGAGGGCGGGCCGGCGCCCAACUCCCAGGUGGUCCUGCCCGACAGCUUCCAGCACCGGCACAUCCUCGAUUUCGCGCGAGGCAACCGCCCGCUCGUGCUCAAUUUCGGCAGCUGCACCUGACCACCGUUCAUGGCGCGAAUGAGCGCCUUCCGGCGCCUGGUCACCAAGUACCAGCGCGACGUGGACUUCCUCAUCAUCUACAUAGAGGAAGCGCACCCCUCCGACGGCUGGGUCACCACGGACACCCCCUACAUCAUCCCGCAGCACCGGAGCCUGGAAGACAGGGGCAGUGCGGCGCGGGUCCUGCAGCAGAGUGUGCCGGGCUGCGCCCUGGUCCUGGACACCAUGACCAACUCCAGCAGCGCAGCCUACGGCGCCUACUUCGAGCGCCUCUAUGUCGUCCAGAGCGGCAUCAUCCUGUACCAGGGCGGCCGCGGCCCCGACGGCUACCAGGUCUCCGAGCUGCGCGCCUGGCUGGAGAGCUAUGACCAGCGGCUGCACAGCGCUCUGUCCGGUCCUUUGUAGGCACCCAAGGGACAGCCGACGGAACGUGGAGGGCCGUGCCUUCGAGCCUUCGAAGCCCACGUGCCAACGUCCCAAAUGAAGUCAGGUUUGGCGAGGACCCAGUGGCACAGCUGUGCUGAGCCACUUCGCAGGCUGGUUCUGCGCCCUCGGCCAAGCCACCUGAAGACUCUCCCCCAGCCCCCAGCCCCACUCUGCUUUUGUGACUGUCCCUCGCCUGUACCUGCCUGGCUGGCUCCAAGUCCCCUUCUGAGUGUGGAUUCCCGGCAACCCCUUGCCUGUGUGCCCCUGGACUUGUCCCACAGAGGCCCCUGCUGUAUUCUCUUGCACCCCCUCCCCAGAGAAAAGGGCCUGCGCCUUGCGGCCCCCUGCAGAGACUUUGGCUGGGCCCUGCGCCCUGGGCACAGCUGGGUUCCAGCAGUGCUGUGCUGCUAGUCCCAGUUGCCUGGCACCCACACCUGUGGGCUCAGGGAGGGGAUGUCCUGCUGCUUUUGUGUCUUUGUCUUGUCCCUGUGGUGAGGGAGGGCC